ACAGCCCACUGCCUCUUCUCCAAUCACCGGUAAGCCUCGCGCUCCCCGGGUAAGGCCUACUCACCAACCUACUGUCUCACAUUUUGAUACAUCACUCCGGAGCUAUUACCUCUCAUCAACCCAACUCGAUUUUUCCUUGCUAUCCGAAGAUGAGAGUGUACAUCGCGGUGCCAUCUGCAUGCUUUACCUCCUAACUCGGGCUCUAGACCCGCAGCUGGGACCAGAGAGAGAGUAACCUCUCUCUUCUCUCAUCAUCACUCGCUUGGUGCUCUACGGACACGGGGAGCGAGCCGACAGUCGACCACAAUAAUUGUACCGUAUUUGUGUAUCAUUUCUCUUUCUCGUCCUCAUCCUGUCUUUCACGCUGGGCACAGACAGGGAAGGAGAGAAGAACAAGGCUUCGCAAUCGCUAUUUCUACCGUGGAAAUACAUUUGGUGGGGUUUUGUGCCCUGUCCGUAUUUGGUGAACCCUGGAUUUAGUGAACAUGGAGACGGUGGAUAAGGAGUGCGGGGCGUUAGGUGGACUAUUCCAGGCGAUUGUCAAUGAUAUGAAGUGUUCAUACCCAGUGUGGGAAGACUUCAGUGCCAAGGCCACCAAACUGCACUCCCAGCUCAGGACCACAGUGCUGGCAGCUGUGGCCUUCCUGGAUGCCUUUCAGAAGGUGGCGGACAUGGCCACCAACACCAGAGGCGCCACCAGAGACAUUGGAUCAGCUCUUACCAGGAUGUGCAUGCGGCAUCGCAGCAUCGAGGCCAAACUGCGCCAUUUCACCAAUGCUCUGAUGGAGAGCUUGAUCACUCCUCUCCAGGACAGGAUUGAGGAUUGGAAGAAGACCGCCAACCAGCUGGACAAGGACCAUGCCAAAGAGUACAAGAGGUCUCGCCAUGAGAUCAAGAAGAAGUCCUCAGACACCAUGAAACUGCAGAAGAAGGUCCGGAAAGAAAUCCAGGGCCGAGGGGACCUGCAGCCCCAGCUGGAUAGUGCCAUGCAUGAUGUGAAUGACAUGUACCUGCUGAUGGAGGAGACAGAGAAGCAGGCGGUGCGCAGAGCUCUGGUGGAGGAGAGGGGACGCUUCUGCACCUUCAUCGGCUUCCUGCAGCCUGUAGUGAAUGGAGAGAUUGCCAUGCUGGGAGAGAUCACUCACCUUCAGGCCAUUAUUGAUGACCUCACUGUGCUGACCACUGAUCCCCACAAACUGCCCCCCGCCAGCGAGCAGGUAAUCAAAGACCUGAAGGGUUCAGACUACAGCUGGUCCUACCAGACCCCUCCCUCCUCCCCCAGCAGUUCUGGCUCCAGGAAGAGCAGCAUGUGCAGCAGUGUGAACAGCGCCCACAGUAGCGCCUCCCGCUCCUCCGGAGGCUCUCAGACUCACUCACCCAGUUCGUCCUAUCGCUACCGCAGCCUGGCCCACCCGCCACCGGGGAACGCUCACCGCCUCAGCAGCGUCUCUUCCCACGACUCAGGCUUCAUAUCGCAGGACGCCAACCUACUCAAGCCUCCCUCGCCCAUGCCCUCUGACAUCACCAGCCAGAAGUCGUCAAGCUCUGCAUCCUCAGAGGCAUCCGAGACCUGCCAGUCAGUCAGUGAGUGCAGCUCUCCCACAACGGAUUGGUCCAAGGCAGGUUCUUAUGAGCAGCCAUUGGCUGCCACGCUUCAGCGGAGGAAGGAGCCCCUGGAUAGGCUGAAGGAGAGCGAGGCAUCCCCGGGCUCCCAGGGAUAUGCUGGUGCUCACCCAGACGAUGUCCAGAGGUCCCGAAUGACCCCCGCCACCAUCGCUGCCAAGCACGGCGAAGAGGUGUCUCCAGCAGCCAGUGACCUGGCCAUGGUCCUGACCCGUGGUCUCAGCAUGGAGCAGCAGAAGAGCAACAGGGACUCCCUGCAGUACUCUAGUGGCUACAGCACCCAGACCACCACGCCCUCCUGCUCCGAGGACACUAUCCCCUCUCAGGGGUCGGAUUAUGACUGCUACUCUGUGAAUGGAGAUGCUGAAGGUGAGGCGUCAACUGACUUUGACAAGUCCUCCACCAUCCCCCGCCACAGCAACAUCGGCCAGAACUACCGACGCAUGAUCCAGACCAAGAGGCCGGCCAGCACCGCUGGUCUGCCCAGUGGGGCCCAGGGCGGAGUGCUUGGAGGGGGAGGGGCCAUUGGGACCCCUGGGACUGCUACCAUCCGCCGAACCCCAUCCACCAAGCCGGGUGUGAGACGUACCCUGUCCAACGCGGGCCCCAUCCCCAUCCGCCCGCCCAUAGUGCCAGUGAAGACACCCACGGUGCCUGAUGCUCCUGGGGGGUACCCCGGGCCUCCGGUACGUGUGGGCAGUGAGGAGUGUGUGUUCUACGUGGCGGAUGACUCCUCCCCCAACGCGUUGGAGUAUGUGAAGGCCUCUCCCAAGCGUCUGAGCCUGCCCAACACAGCGUGGGGGUCUGGGGGAGCGAUGGAGAUGAGUGUGUAUGUCCAGCACGGCUCUGAGGAGGACCAGAUGAUAGCCGCUAACCGCCACAGCCUGGUGGAGAAGAUAGGAGAGCUGGUGGCCAGUGCCCAUGCCCUUGGGGAGGGACAGUUCCCCUUCCCCAACCUCCCUGAUGACCCCCCGCCUGGCCCGGCCCCCCAGCACGACCCCCAGGCCCCCGGGUCAGGCACCGACGUGCUGGUGUCCAUCCGCAGGGGCGUGCGGCUCCGCAAGACCGUCUCCAACGACAGGUCUGCGCCCAGGAUUUUGUGAUGGCGCACAGCAGAGUGGAGGGAGCGCAGCCUGCACCCACCGAGGUGCCCCAACCACUACAUACAGUACUGACUCUGUAGUAAAGAAGUAAAUAUGACAACUGAAGAUUACAAAAAAAAAGUUGAAUUAGAAGUAAAUGAUAAAUAACCAUAAUAAUGCUCAUAAUGAAAAAGUAAAUAAUGAAUAAUAAUGACAGGCUCUGGCCACUAUAACUCUAUCGUGUCUCUGGGCGCAUGUUUGUUUAAUUAGCCCCACCAUCACCACGGGAUCCUCAGACUGUAUAUAGAGACUCUGUCUGGACUGGACUGACUGCUGUGAGAGAGAGGGACUGUUUAUAGGGACCUGGACUUCCAGCCACCCUCUCCACCUCCUCCCACAUCCCCCCACUCCUCACCCAACCUCUUACACCCCCCCCCAUUCUAGAGUAAAGCAGAGGGAAGCAGGUGGCAGAGAGACAGGUGAAAAGUGGGGUCAAUCGCUCCCUCUCACUUUGGCUCAGGUCACAAGGCUCUGAUGACGCACUGUUAGCUUUAAACCAUGGCCAACAGUGUGCGUGUGUGCGUGUAAGAGGUGGGCAGAGUUCUGCUGCAGGUCAGCUGGUUGUAUUUGAGAGUGGGGCUUCUCUCCUCUGUGUUGUUUUGUUGUUACCCUCACACUGGGCACACACUGGCUAAAUCAACGUUGUUUCCACGUAAUUUGAAUGAAAUUACAUUGCACCAACGUGGAACAGACGUUGAAUUGACGUCUGUGCCCAGUGGACUGUUUUUAUUGCGACAUUUGAUUUCCUGUUACCACUGUAAGAGAAACGACAAAAUGAAGCCAGGCGUAUAUAUUUUCUAAAUCAGAGAGAACAUGUGAAUAGGAAAUGGAGCAAUAAAUGCGUUUUAUUUUCUGCUUGCGGAGUGGAGGAGAAACAGAAGCUGUUAUCUUAGGUUUGGGUUCUCUUUUUUAACUUGCAGGCAAUCAUCAGGCAUGCUCAAGUACACAUGACAGUUGCUGUCUAACUUUGGCCCUGGACUUUUCUCACGUCCUUGCCUGAUGUGUUAAAAAAAAAAAAAAAACAUGGAAAACUGAAGCACUUUGAAGGUUAAUUUCUAGUGUGACCACUAGUGGUCAGUGUGGUCACACUCUGUGAUGAGACGAGGGUGCUGGGGGAGUGAGACAGUGGGUUGCCAUGCGGUGUGCUGAAUGUGUGCCACGGACCAGUGAGCGAAGCAGUUCAAUUGGGGAGAGAAAAGGAUGAUCGAAAAAGGAAGUGAUAAAGAAAGGUGGGAAAUGGGAACGGAAGGAUACUGGAUUGGGGGAAUGGUUAUGUACAAUGGGUCCGUGCUGAAAAAUGUUGAAUUCCAAAAACUGAUUUAUAAUGUAGAUCAAAACAUUUAUGUAAAGAGGGGGAUGGUAAGCUGCUGUACUUGUCAUCACAUGCUGUGAGUCUCAAACAUGAGAUCCAUAGCUAAUUUGAACCUUGUGCAGCCUUACGCGGGAGCUGGCUUUGCUAAGGACAUUCGAAUGAAAGAGUGACUAUAGCCAGAGAGAAACAGUGAGGAUGAUGUAAGGGGUUGCCAGAUUGGGGGGUAUUUAUGUUUACAGAGUUAGCUGGAAGAGAGUUGAUGCAGCGCAGAGAGAUGGAAUGAGUAUUUCACUGCCUGUUCAGUCAAGACUAGAAACUGUAUGAAAAUAGAGUAACCUUUCAUAAAAUUACGUUGCCAUAUUUUUUUGCAAUAACGUUAUGCUGUAGUCUUGCUUUUAUCAAUAAAAAAAUCAAUAAUAAUAAUAAUCUCCAGAGAACAGUAUAUCACAGUGACAUAGGUUCUGAGCAGGCAGAGAGCAUUAUUCUGACUGUUGUACUGUAGGGUAGUGAUGAACUUCAUGGGUUAGUCCAAUGCUCCCUAGCAGUGACUGUUGAUGUCCUCCCCUUGACAACAAUGGCCAUUACAAAAUGUAUGCUUUAAUUAUUUAUUUCACCUAAAUAGAGCACUGUUUUAGAAAUGCCUGUGGCUGGAUCUGCUUUGAGAAGGUGAGAGAAACACCUGCUGUUGUCGAAUAUCGCUCAUCUGCCGGAGAGAACUUUUCUCAUGAACUCAGAAAUAGGAGUUCAGUGAGGGGCUGAAAAGGGUACGUGUGUGGGAGUAGGUGAGUGUCUGUGUGACACGGCAGGGUGGGGUGGGGCGGAGGAAGGGGAGGGACCAGCAGUGUGGGUGGAAGUGGCCAGCAGCCCAGGGUGGAAGUGACCUCCCCUGCCACAGUGCAUUCUGGACCAGAGGAUGCUCAUCCAGAGAAUUUCAGCAAAGCACAGGUCAUAACGAUGUAUAUGUGUAUAUAUACAUGCAUAUACUGUAUAAGAAGGUGAACACUUAAUUGUGCAAGUCAAAUCGCUAGAAGUUUUAAAAAGGAGUUUAACUCGACAUUAUUUUGCAUUACUGAAUUAAAAAAGGCAAAUGUCCAAUGUACAGUGUAUGACAGCAAUAUGGGAGUGUGUUUAUUAGCCAAUUUAACAAUACAACUUCUUAUCUAACAAAAAGGUAAACAUGUUUACUGUCUUUUUAAAAUGUGCAGAUGUAACUCUGGCAAUUAUUCUGUUCCAAUUCCUUGUCAUGCUCGGAUUACUCUGCUUCAUUCUGAUUGUGUGCGAUGCUCCUUACCGUUCCCGAGACCCCAACUAUGUAACCGUCACUUCUAUCGGAGCAUUAGAGCGAGAGAAAGACAGGAUGUGGCACAGAGACAAGACAGGGUGAGUGAGACAGGGCUGUUGGCGAGUGUGUGUUAGGCUGAGACUGAGAGGACCCCCUGCAGGGGGAACUACAGGGAUGUCAGUCUCAGUUGUGUCUCUCUGUCUGGGAUGAGGUGACACUCUCCCAAGACCCCAUGGUGGAUGACUAGCAGUCACCUCACUCCCUCACACUCCCACAGCUGGGCUGUCUCUGGGUCCAGACUCUCUUUCCCUCUUUCCUCACUAUCACUUUGGUUCUCGCCAUCCUCCCACUGGGCACAGACGUCAGUCUAGUUUUGAUUUACAUUUGGUUGAGUUGUCAUCUAACAAGAACUCAAUAUGAAAUCCACCCCCCCCAAAAAAAAUAUUGCAAUGUCAUUGGAUUAGGGUUGAAAGUUGGGUGAAAACAAGACAGAAGGCACUUGCGUUGAUGACUUCUUGCAGAUUCAAUUAGUUUUCCGCGUCGAUUAAACGUCAUCGCUUAGAUUGAAAUGGGUUGAAAUGACGUGGAAACAACGUUGAUUCAACUAGAUUUUGCCCAGUGGGCUACCCCCACUUGUACUCAAUGAAUGAACCUGUUGCUUUUAAACCUCUUAUCCACCCAUCCACCACAACCCCAACUCCAACUAGCAACUCACUCCAUAGGCUGCCUCAGCAUCAGCUCUUAAGCCAGAGCCAAACCCAAACCCUCAGUGGGACUUUGACUGAAGCUCUUUCCCACUGGGUGCUAAUGCAAGGACAGGGAAUCACCGUGUGGUCACAAUUAAAAGCUAGCUUCACAUUUGAAAGAACAACACUUCCUUGAGAACAAGAUGUGAUGUCUCAUGCUGGCUGGAUUAUAGCUCAUGAAAUCCUUUUAAUUAAGCCUUAACUUCACUCUAAGUGAGUGUUAAUUUGCGAUAAGUGCCCAUUUGACUUAUGUCGCUGUCAAACCGGGAGAGUUGGUUUUUUUUUUGUCUGUGUAUCCUGUGGUGCUAGCCACGGCUGGCGUGUCCAUGGCGUUUAGUGCUGUCGUUGUGGGGAAUGGAGCAAACGGGUUCAUGGGAGUGUUUAGGCGUAAUAUGCUCUUCUCUUCAUAUUGAGAGAAGGUGACACAGUGCUGUGUAGAGAUGUAUUUGUCGCGUCUUUGUCUCUGCCGGAGAGCCUCGGUCGCAAAUUCCACUUAUUUAAAUAGCCUUUUGAAUACACUUACACGGAUCUCUUUCACAAUCUCAAUAGAGGAAAUGUGCUUUCAUUGCCUUUUUGAGUUUCACUGUGUGCGAUUUAAUACCUUUCCCCCCGCUAAGCUAUGUAGAAAUAACAAUGGAAGUCAUUCAUAAUGUGGGAUACAGGAUAUGUAACAGGAGUCUAUGGGUCUCAUUGGUCUCCCAUGAUGCCUUGCCUAACACCCUUAGUCCUGGAUAAGAGCAUGGUUCAUCAGCCUUAUUACUGUUAAGAACGUUUAGAAAGAGUGCAUGACUGACAGGAAAACCUCUGGAUUAUAGUCAUUCUGGCCAACAUAGACCGUAACACUGUAUGCCUUUGUGGUUUUUAGGCUGGUGUUAAUGUGCCACCAGUAGACACUUAGCCGCACUGUGACCUUGCAAAUCGCUUUGCGCCGUUAUAAGGUGGCCAAACAGCCCGAAACCCUUUUCCUUUAAUUAGCUUAUAAUUAACUAUGCUCAAGCAUAUGUGAGGGCAGAGACGGAGUCAGGCUGGGCAGCUAUGGGGUGUAGGUCCUGUAUGGAGAUUAUACUGUACGUGGUCUAGGAGUAGUUCGUUUACAUGGUCUACAGGCGUUGCGUCGGUGUGUCUUCGUGCUCGUGAAGUCUGCCCUGGCGUAGGUUGAGGAUCUCUGACACUGAUGGAGAAACAGAGACUCUCGACACAAGGUGGCUUCACGCCCACUCUCCCACCCACACACAGCCUGUCCACGUCUAUUUAAAAAAGGCCAAUAAAGUCACCCCACAACGAUGUCACCAUCCGUUAACUCAACGCUGUCAGCUCCUGAGAUGUAGCCAGGCAGGGAGGAGGUGACUUCCAGGUGCCAUGGUAACAGACCUGAAUGUCUUAUCACUUGUGGACUCUCUGUGGUUUCUUCUCUCUUUUCCCCUUCCUCUUCCCAAAGCCCAAUCCAACAUGAAAGCUAAACCACUGCGUCUAUGAACUUGACCGUCGCCACCGUUUUGAACAAAGUCCUUAUUUUCAUUACAGUAUUGUGAAGACAUAUGAUGUGUGCAUAUGUUUUUGUACAAAAAAAAACCCUCCCUCCAACGGAGUCACGUAACGCUACAGGUGCUGUUGUCUGUCUUCUACUUUCUCUCCUUCUCUUCUUCUUUAAUUUAUUGUGCCCUUUUUUUCCCAAGGCUGUUUUGCCUCUGUGGCUGAUGACAAGUUUUUCUUUUUGUAAUAUUAAUCCUUUUCAUUUUUGUUAACUUUAGUCACUGCUAAUGUAACAAAACGCACUGUGAUGAUUCCAGUAUUAAUAAAAGUUGUACUUAAACUGUG